CUCUGGUCAUGUGGUUCUUCUGUUUGAGGAAAUCAGACUGACAGAAUUAAAUAAAGGGCGUGAGAGGCGGCGGCGGCCGGGGAGCAGGGAGGGGGACGAGGAAGGUGGAAGAGUUCCAGAAAGGGUGACACUGUGAUACAUGGUAAAGACGAGGAAUGGAGAAGCUGCUCACCUCUCUGGUUCUGCUCCUGGUCCCGGCGGCGUCAGGUCAGUUUCUGGUACACGCUCCAGUUAAAGAGUUGGUGGCAGAGGUGGGAUCGGACAUUCUCUUGCCAUGUACCCUCACCCCAAAGCUGGCCGAAGCUGGGCUGGAAGUGCGAUGGUUCCACAAACUCUUUACCAAUAUAGUCUUUUUGUUAAAAGAUGGAACCGAGGGUCGGCAGCAACAGAGCCCACGUUACCGGGGCCGGGCAUCCAUGAACGAGAGGUCCACCACUGGGAAUGUAUCACUUUUUCUGCAUAAUGUCCAACUUUCCGAUACUGGGAAAUAUCACUGCUUGGUGGAGAACAGCACAACUGAGGUCUACGAAGAGGACUCCAUGGAGCUCCAUGUUGUGGGGUCGGGGUCUCCACCGCUUGUAGCUGUUGCUCUUCAGGGCAGCUCCGUGGUCAUCUCCUGUUCUUCUGAUGGUUGGUUUCCAAGACCCACAAUGUUCUGGAAGAUGGAAAAUGGAGUCCUCAAACCAAGUGAUCCAGAGAAUGACACAGACAACACCGAACUGAUCCGCGUGAAGAGCCGUAUGCUUCUGAACCACUCCUCUGAGGGACGGGUCUACUGUGGCUUCAGACAUCCGGUGACUGCGAGAGAGAUUGGAUCAUAUGUGACAGUCUCAGAUGACAUGUUUCCUCGCACCUCACCCUGGGCGAUUGUCUUCUGGUUACUCUUGAUAGUCACCAUCACUCUUUCUGCUGGGAUGGCUUGGUUUUUCUACUCGAGAAAAAGGAAUCACGAGAUGCAGCUCAAGGAAAAGGACAUCUGUAUCGAGCGACUGAGAUGGGAAGUUGAAUGGAGAACAAUAUCCACCAGGAAAGAAUCCAUUUUGUUUGAUCCACUCACCGCUUACCAUGGUCUUAUGGUCUCUCCGGAUGGUCGCCACAUCUCAUCUAGUGAAAAUGCUCAAGACGUUCCCCAAAACGAUGCAAGGUUUGACACGGAGCCCUGUGUACUUGGUCAAACCUCAUUCCAGCAUGGCACUCACUACUGGGAGACAGAGAUCAGUGAGAACAAUGGAAGGUUUUGGGCUAUUGGGGUGGCUAUCGAAACAGUGAGGAGGACAGGAGGGCAACGAGAGUGUCCAGAAGCUGGGAUAUGGGCUAUCAGAGGAACACCAGAAGGUUACUAUGCACUUUCUACACCUCCUGAGACUAUUAUUCUACGUUCUCACUCAUCAAGGCCAUGUGGACCUGGUUUACUGAAUGGCCAAGGAAUACAUGGACCUAGACGACUACAGAGAGUUGGAACACUUCUAGACUAUGAGAGAGGGAAGGUUUCAUUUUAUGAUGUGGAAACUUAUGAGCCCCUCUACAUCUUUGAAGAGAGAUUUUCCCACCCUGUCUAUCCAUUUUAUUAUGUCGGUCCAGGAAUCUCUUUUUCACUUUUGAAUGAGAGUCCAUAGACUUAAGGUGAGUCUGCGCCGGUCUUAAAUCUAGUGGUGGCAGCAACCUCAACGGCCAAGGUCUACAGGCGUAAGCUUUGUCUCAGUGACACAGAUUGUGAAAAAGAACAGGGAAUACAUAAUCGGUGCUCACUCAAUAUUGUGUGCUCUUAUCUGCUGAGUCAACAUACACAGCAGAGCAGUGACAUAAGGUUUCAGCAAGCUGAGAUAAGGAUCAUUUACCGGGGUCAACAAUUGACAAUGGAAAACGAUCAUUCCCGAACAUUGUUCAAUAUAAACAUGCAAACACCUAGCAGGGGAUGUGGUGCCGACAAUAUGCAAACUGAAUGGAGGAUGAACGAUCGUAGUAAAGAUCGUUCAUCCCCCAUUCUCUGUGUAUUGAGCUGUGAAACACUUGCAUUAGAUAAUUGUUUGUACUGUGCAUUACUCCUAAUAUAAUUUCAUAAUUUCGUGCACCACUAUAUUAUUCCCUGGAAACGCUCCACCAGGUUCUGAAAGGGGUUAUGCCAUGGCUGAUGUAAAGAAUGAAAAUCAGACAUCACAUAGGACAUGACAGUCUUUUCUUUACAAAGCUCACAUGGAACCAGCGAUCGCCCUAUUCAUUGCUCCAAUUGCUCUGCUAGAUUUAUUUCAGGCUGGCAGCUCAGGGGACGGUGUCCCACCUCAGGGGUGUGUCAUAUCUGCUGUAGCUCUUUGCCUGUAACUGCAAUGGCUUUUAACAGGACAUAUGGAUGGUGGCAAUUGAAGAUUUAAACUGAACGUGUGCGGCCACCUCUGUGAGGUGGACAAAUAAUAAGGAAAAGAACAACCAGCAGGUGGCGCUAUACAGAUAGAUUUCAUUGAAUAACUCAGUGCCUAUACAAAAAUUUUAAUUACAAUAGUAUUCAGAUCCAGGUGCUGGUUUGAAAUUUUUUUUAAUUUUUUUUAAAUAUUUUUGUGGCACAGCUCCUUUAACCUGCUCUGCUCUGCUCUUUGACGCAGAAAUCUUCCAAAUAGAAAUUCCAAGUGUGUGUAGAAGACAAACUUCUGAGCAAAUAUCGAUCUUGAGCGAUGAGUGACAGGCAUCCGCCAGGCUCCACCACUGACUCCUGAUUGAUCAUUUCUGAUUGUUAUUGAUCUUUCCAGACAGAUUAUAAUUGGAGCGUUUCGGGUGAAAGCUCGGAGUCUAGAUCUACCCUGUGCAAUCCAUGGAUACAAUUAUGAUGAAGUGCGCUAAGGGAAAGGGAUUUCUGUAUGUUCCUGUCCAUACGGGGUGUUUUUGACCUUUAUUACCUUAGGCGAAAAUAAAUGAGGGAAACAGUACUAACAAAAUACAGAAAAAGGAACAAAAUACGAAAUAGGCUAAACAAAAAAGAAAAGAAAAAAGUAGGCCCAGUGGUGUUUUCUAGUGACCAAAAUUAGAAAAACACUAGGUAUACGCUCUGGUACGCCUAAUACACGGUUUGAGGGGAUAAAGCAUGGCUUCUGUCUACCAUAUUUUAUAACCACCUCGGGUCUUUCACAACACAUAAGGCCUGUUUCACACGGUCGUAUGGCUUUUUCAGUAUUUUGCGGUCCGUUUUUCACAGAUCUGUUGUUACGUUUUUUGUUUCCGUUCCGUUUUUCCGUAUGGUAUAUACAGUAUACAGUAGUU